AUGAUGGUGGAGGCGGCUGCCAGCCGUACCCUGGACCCCACCACCCCGAUGGAGAAGGAGCUGCAGCCGCAGAGGGGGAAAAAGAGGAAGACCGCCAUGGAAGCGGCUCCUCUGGCGGCGUCACCGGCGGAGCCGGCAACAGAGAAGGAGGACGAGGAGACCGCGACACCGGAAAGGACGGACAAGGAUCUCUGGUGCCAGAGACUUGCGGAAAUGGACGCCGACCUGGGUCUGGUCACGGAGCCGCACCAUGUUCCGGCCGGUAACAAAAACUGGCUGGACAGUGCGGCUCCGUGGCCGUGGUGGUCAGACCCGCAACGGGCAUCCCCCUGCAAGGUCAGGAAGAGGGGACGCUCGUAUGUGGCGGUUGACCUUGGGCCCAUCACUGUUGUGGGGGUAUACUUACCCCCUGUAACCAACAGGUCAGGCCUCGGCAAACUCGCCCGCAUUGUGAGGAUCCUGGACAGGGUCGGGGAUGUGGCGCGCCAGUGCCACCCCCGACCCGUGAUUGUCGCUGACUUCAACGCCCACUCCGAGGAGUGGGGGUGCAGUCCCCGGCAAAAGGACCCUCGGGGCGACGUCGUGGCAGCCUGGGCGGCGGUCUUAGACCUCGUGUUGCUCAACACGGGGACCACCAGCGCCUUUGUGCGGCCGGGCGGGGGGAGGGGCGAGUCGGUCAUUGACCUGACUUGGGCCUCCCCCUCGGCCGCCAAGUUAUUCCGGAGGUGGGUGGUGGAGAAUGAGAGGGAGUCAUUAUCUGAUCACAGAUAUGUGGCGUAG